AUGGGAUCCGAGCUCGGUGUGUCUGCCAACUCCAAGGCGGAGUUGAAUACCUCGCCGGUAAGCAUCUGGUGGGUGACCUUCGGUUGCGUCUGGACCGCCGUCAUCGUCGCAGGUGCCAGUUAUCUCAUCGCCAACCGUAACACGCCUACUAUCCGAAUCCGAGGCCUAUGGCUGUCGCUCUCUGCCGUGCUUCUCCUUCACCUGUAUGGCUGGAGUGUUCAAUUCGGUCUCCUGGUUGGUAACCUCAUGCCGGGAGAUGUCGAGUUUUGGAUCAUGGGUACCUAUCUGCCUUGUGGUAUUGCUCUGUUCCACGCUUCCAACAGUCGCUUCCUUCACGUCGCCAAGCUUCAGAAGAAGUACAUCCACCACGAUGGCCAGAACCUCAUCAAUUCAACUGCUCAGGCCAAGCGCAACUCCGGCCUGCUCGGCAAGUUCCGUCGUCUCGACUACACCGCGAGGGUCGUGUACCUCGUCAGCAUCGCCAUGUUCGUUCAGAUCUUCCUCACUAUCCUGAUGUUCAUCAUUUCCCGCAAGUGGCACAGCUCCUGGGGCAUUCCCGGCACCGAGGUUACCGGCUCGGCCAUGGAACAGAAGUCCGAGCAGGGUCGUGGCUGGGAGUGGUGGCCUGGUGUAGCCUGGCAGUUCUUCUGGUCUUGGAUCUUCGCCCCUUAUAUCUUGUGGAAGUCUCGCAACAUCCACGACACCCACGGCUGGCGUAUCCAGACCAUUGGCUGCGCUAUUGCCAACCUCCACGCUACCCCGAUGUGGCUUAUCGCUCUCUACGUACCUGCCAUGGCUCCCGUCAACGCCGUUUGGUUGCCUCCUCAGUGGAUCGUUCUUUCGAUCUUCUUCAUUGAGAUCUUCACCGUCCUCCUUCCUUGCUGGGAGGUGAUGCGUGCCGGCUCACUCCGCCAGGAGACUCUCGAUACGAUCGCACAGUGGGAGCGCAACAACAAGGUCGCCAGCACCGAGGGCAAGUCUCUCGCCUCCGGCUCUACUUUCAUUGGAUCUAUCAUGUCUGGCUGGAAGUCGAUGAACGGCUCCGUCAAGUCCAACGGCUCCACCGACAGCAUCCUGACCAUGGGUGCUUUGGAACACGUCCUCGAGCGCAACCCCAUCCCUCUUUUGGAAUUCUCCGCCCUCCGCGAAUUCUCCGGUGAAAACAUUGCCUUCCUCAUCAGCAUUGCUCAGUGGAAGAACAGCAUUCCCGCCGCUGUUCGGAAUGGCACCACCGACGGCAACUCGAAGGAUGUCAUCCGCGAGUGCUUCAACCACGCCCUGCACAUCUACGCCGAGUUCAUCAGUGUUCAUCACGCCGAGUUCCCCGUCAACAUCUCCCACCAGGAUCUUCGCAAGCUCGAGAACAUCUUCGAGAAGCCCACUCGCAUCCUGUAUGGUGAGAAGCGCGACGCGGAUGUGGUCACUCCCUUCGAGGGCGCCGAGUACAAGGAGCCUCCGUCGCCAACCUACUCCACAGGCUCCGAGAAGACCAUGAACGUUUCGGCCGAUGCCAUCAAGGCGCGCGUGUUCUACUGGGGUGAGAUCCCCGAGGACUUUGCCGCUUCCGUCUUCGACGAGUCGGAAGAGAGCAUCAAGUACCUCGUUCUCACCAACACAUGGCCCAAGUUCAUCAGGUCUCACCGAUCCUCCCUCGGCUCGGUCGAGUCUCUCGAGGCGGGCAACGGCGUUCUCGAGAUGGUCCAUGUCCAAAACGAGAAAUGA